AGAAAUACAAUAUUAUAUAUUUCUCAAAACAAAACCACAUGAGUUAAAAGUUCGCAGCAAAACUAAAAUGAUUCGAUCAUCGCAAAAAGUUAUUUCAGUCGUUCGAUCUCGAAGUUUUUCAACUAGUUUGUUACGUCAUAAAGAGCGCAGCGUCGCGCAGGCAACUAUAGACAAAGGCCACACAGAAUGGAACGAAAAGCUUCGACCUUUGUACAUGGAUGCACAAGCCACCACCCCCCUUGACCCUAGAGUAUUGGACAAAGUGAUGAGUUACUACGUUAGUUAUUACGGCAACCCACACAGCAGGACACAUGCAUACGGAUGGCAGGCGGAAGAUGCGGUUGAAGUUGCUAGGCAACAAGUUGCUGACGUCAUCAAUGCUGAUCCUCGUGAAAUCAUCUUCACUAGUGGCGCCACAGAGUCGAACAACCUCGCAGUGAAGGGGGUUGGAAGAUUUUACUCACAGAAGAAGAAACACAUAAUCACGACACAGAUCGAACAUAAAUGUGUCCUUGAUUCAUGCCGAGCGCUCGAGAACGAGGGGUUCAAAGUAACUUACCUCCCCGUCAAGCCAAACGGCAUCGUUGAUCUGAAAGUCCUCGAGGAAUCGUUUCAACCCGACACUUCAUUAGUUUCGAUCAUCUUCGUCAAUAAUGAGAUC